CGAGCGGCUGAAGCGGGCGGGCCGGGGUCGGGGUUGGUAGGGAGUUGUGGUGGAGCGAACGAGUCCGCCAUGGGGACGCAGGGCACCGGGCGAAAGCGGCUACCGAACCGGGAGCGCCUGACGGCGGAGGAUGAUGCGCUCAAUCAGAUCGCCCGUGAGGCUGAAGCAAGACUCGCAGCAAAGCGAGCGGCACGGGCAGAGGCACGGGAGAUACGAAUGAAGGAACUGGAAAGACAGCAGAAGGAGAUCUAUCAAGUUCAAAAGAAAUAUUAUGGUCUGGAUACUAAAUGGGGAGACAUCGAGCAAUGGAUGGAAGACAGUGAGCGUUACUCCCGUAGAGCCCGAAGAAAUGCCUCGGCUUCGGACGAAGAUGAGCGCAUGUCAGUGGGUAGCCGUGGAAGCCUGAGGUCUCAUUUGGAAUAUGCCAGCACCUACUCAGCGGCUGGAUUAGAGAAUGAGAGGACCAAAAAGAAGAACUCCUCCAAAGCAACCAAUGGUUAUGAGGAAGACAUGUAUGGAUCAUCCCAGAGUAGAAAAUCUAGCAGGGCUUUGUACUACUCUGAUCUGGAUCUUCACAACAGUGCCUAUGCUUCCACAUCUCAACCUUCUUCCCAAAAUGGAAAUUGGGCGUCUGUGUAUGACGAGAGCGUUUACAGUGGGAGUCGUCGGUAUAGUGCCUCUAGUUCUCGUGCUCCUUCUGAGUACAGCUGUUACCUUGGUUCGGGAUCUCGGGCAUCGUCAAGAGCCAGCUCUGCUCGGGCCAGUCCAGUGAUUGAGGAAAGGCCAGAAAAAGACUUCGAGAAGGGAGCACGCACUGUUUCAAGUUUGUCAGCAGCCACCUUAGCUUCUCUGGGUGGGACUUCCUCACGAAGAGGCAGUGGGGAUACCUCCAUCUCAGCUGACACAGAGGCAUCUAUUAGAGAAAUUAAGGAUAUCUAUGAGUUAAAGGACCAGAUUCAGGAUGUAGAAGGCAGAUACAUGCAGGGACUGAAAGAAAUGAAGGACUCUCUAGCUGAAGUCGAAGAGAAAUAUAAAAAGGCUAUGGUGUCAAAUGCUCAACUAGACAAUGAAAAAACAAAUUUCAUGUACCAAGUAGACACCCUGAAGGAUGCACUCUUAGAGUUAGAAGAGCAGCUGGCAGAAACCAGGCGGCAAUAUGAAGAAAAAAGUAAAGAAUUUGAGAGGGAGAAGCAUGCUCAUAGCAUAUUGCAGUUCCAGUUUCAGGAAAUCAAAGAGGCUUUGAAGCAGAGAGACGAAAUGCUUGCAGAAAUCCAACAGCUGCAACAGAAACAGCAGAGCUAUGUCAGGGAAAUUUCUGAUCUUCAGGAGACAAUAGAGUGGAAAGACAAAAAAAUAGGGGCAUUAGAGAGGCAGAAAGAUUUCUUUGAUUCAAUAAGGAGUGAGCGGGAUGACCUUAGAGAUGAAGUAAUUGUGCUGAAGGAGCAACUGAAGAAACACGGACUCAUCCCAGACUCUGACGUAGCCACUAAUGGGGAGACAUCAGACAUUCUUGAUCAUGAAGGACGCUUGGAUUCUUCCAAAACUGUUCCAGGCACAACUCAGGCAUUAAAGGCAGGAGGGGAUGGGAUGCUAGGAAAAGCCAAUGAAGUGGACAUGAAAAAUGAGAUUUUGGAGGAUAUGGGGAAAAAAGAAAUCUUGCAGAAUACUGAGCAUGAGGAACACAAAGAGGAGUCUGAGGAGCAGGAAGUACAGACAUUGCAUGCUGAUGAAAAUGUAAAGGCAGAAAAACUGGUUGAAGAACGUGAUGCUCUGUCAACAGUGAUGUUAUCAGAUAAUAGGUUCACAGAACAAAUUCAAAGCAUUACAGAACAUGUCUCAGGAAGUGCUUCUUCAAAUGAUGACAGUGACAUGGAUGAUUUGAGAAAGGAGACUGAGUCUACGGGCACUGUUAGUAUGGAGGCUGAACACCAUGACAUAAAUGCAAGGACAAAUCAGACCUUAGAGGUGGGCUUUCCACAAGGUCAUCAGGUUGUUGAGACUCCUGCAGAAAUGCCUAGUAACUUAGGUACAGAGCACGAACUGGGAGAAGCUGCACCUGAAGAACAGGAGGAUCUUAAAACUAGCCAUGCCCUGAGUGAUAAUGACACAGACCACGGAGCCAACAGUACAGUUGAGAGCUGUGAGUUGGUUUCCAACCAGGCAGAGCUACUAGAGGCUAGAUUUGCAGGCUUGCUUAGUGAAGAGGUAAAUUCAAAGAGUCAUACUGAGGAACUCCAUCACUCAGAAGAAAGUGCUGAAAACAAGGUUACAAAUUACUUGGAGGAAAAGCUUGUUGAAAGCAAGGACUCCGCUGAUGGAAGAACUGAUAAAAUGGGAGGCAAUAGAACUGAAGAAGAAAAUGAGGUUGUGAAUGCAGUUCAGGGUCCGCUGAGCGAAACAGAGUCUGUGGGUUCAGAUGGGACAAAGUCAUAUGAAAGUGAUGUCUUAGCAAAUACAAGUGAGGAGGAAGGCAGAGGAGAUCAGGCACAUAUCCGACCUGCAGAGGACAGUGCCUCAGCAUCAUCAGAGGAACAAAAUGAGCAAGACAAAACUGAACUUGAAAAUGGCACAGGUGAGAAGGAUGGACAGAAGGAAGUGUUAACAGAUGAGCUGGGAAGGUGUUCAGAUUCUGCAGAAACAGGCAAGCAAGAUAAGGCCAAUGUGGAGGCUGCAGGCUGUAUGGCUGAGGUAACAGAAAGCAUGCUGCAGCAGGCAGAGCCAGACACAGAUGUUCUGAAAGAGGUGAUAACUCAGGAAACUAGUUUAGAACCAGGUCUCUUAGAUGACAAAAUGAAGGAGUUGAAAUUGGAAACAGGGGAUGAGUCUGAGAAAGGACAGGAAAGUAGGACAGGACAGGUAGAAAAAAUAGAGGAAGAAGUUGAAACAGUUCAGUGUAGUGAAGAAACAACAGGUGAUACAGUGGGAGAGAAAAAUAGUCCUUUAGAAGGUGAAGUACAGAAUGUAGUUAAACAAGAGGAAGGUGGAUUUAAAGAGGAGUCAGCUGUAGAUAUUUGUGUAACUACUGAAAGCAAGGUUGAUAAAGAAACACUGAAAGAAAAUGAGCAAGAGUUAGAGUUUGACGACCACCAUGAUGGUAGAUGUGCUUCUGAGGGAGGUGCAAAUAAUUGCCUGGUGAAGAAAGCUGAGCAGGGUGAAAAUGAUAGUGAACAAGUGGGCCAAGCAGAGGAAAGACUGGAAGAUGACGGUGAUGCAUUUGAUUUUGAUGAAGAGACAGAACAGAUACUAGAAGGGGAUGAAAAAUGUGAUGGAGAGAAAGCUGAGAUGCAGAAAGGAGAGGGUGAUGGAGCAAAUGGUGCUGUCAGAAAAACUGCUCAAACAGAUGAAGCUGGAGAAGGAACAAACAAAACUGAAACCAAAGGUGCCUUGACUAAAGAUGACAGCUUGCAGCAGCAAAAAGAUAAGCCCGAAGAAAUGUGGUGCUUGCAAGGGAAAAUCUCAGGGAAGACUGAUGAGAAGACUGAUGCAAUGGAAGAUGAAAUCAAAGUAUCAGAUUCUAAUAAAGUGGAAAAAAUAGCAGAUGAAUGUGUUUUGGAACAGGAUUUGGAAAGUGCUGGCAAUACCAGCGAUGAAAGCAAGGAGGAUUUGCAGGGUGGUAGAAGGGGUAAGAGCAGAUCCAGAGAUGACUGUAUAGUAUCAUAACUUCAGAAUCUGAAGGCUACACAAGUUACAUGCUGUUGGAUCAGUCCCAGUACAGAAGCAUGCACUUUACACAAUGUAUCAGGCCUUAGGAAUACUCCUGAAGUUUUUUUCUUUGUAGGUAACUCUCCUCACAAUGUUAUGUACAUGGUAAUGAUGCAAGUAUUAAGUUAUUCACUGACAUACUUAGCCACAGGAAAUCGUGCCUGUGUUUGCUUUAUGCCUGGGUUUGCUUUUGCUGUGUCUCAGGUUUAAAAUUUUUCACCAAAAGAGCAAGCUUCACAAAUCAGCUAUUCAGACCAUCUUGCAAUUGGAGUACUUUCAGUGUGGAUAACUGCUACUGAGGAAUUCCUAUAGGAAAGUCUUUU